AGUGUGCGUUAGAGUAUGUAUUUAAAUGUGUAUUUGAUAUGGCUUACAGGAGAUAUAGAGAUUAUCACUAACAUCAGCCCGGAUGUUCGUCUGGUUCUGGAGCCACAUCUCGGUACCGUUGCUAUGAAAUAUGUGGAGCUGGUUUACUCUGAUGGAGACUCAACCGCUACUGUACGAACCAUCAAACCACUGGAUGCUGAGGAAAUAAAGAUGUCUGCAGAGGCUUUGUAUUAUUCAGUUUCCUGCGUAAGAGGGCCGAAAAACGUCCGGUCACUAUACGUUCUGGAUGUCAAUGACAACCCUCCGAUCUUCCAGAGCAAAUCAUACAGCGGCAGAGUGUCAGAUGGGACGCCUGUCGGUUGGGUUGUGCAGAGAGUGAAAGCUAUUGAUAACGAUGUGACUACAGAAAACAAAAGACUUACAUAUUCUAUACUGCCUCCAGUACCAGACAACUUCGAAGUGAGAUAUUACCCACAAGAGAAUGCAGCUAACAUCGAGUUGAUUAAGCCUGUGAACUACAACGAUGUUCAACGGUACAUCUUCAUCGUGGAAGCUAAAGAUAUAGGAGGACUCAGUGACACAACAACAGUUACACUAACGAUUGAAGAUUUUGACAACCUAAACCCUUAUUUUGAUCACUGUCUCUACAAGGCAUCCAUUGAGGAAAAUCAGGUAGGACUCUUCUCGGACAUCACUCCCGAGCCCAUAAAAGCUCAAGAUGGUGACACGGGCAUCAACGAGCCUGUAGUUUACAGCAUAACAUCAGUCAUUCCAAAUGAAUAUCAGAACAGCUUUGAUAUCGACCGAAACAGUGGGGUCAUCUCUGUGACGACGGCACUAGACAGAGAGCAAACAGGGCAGAUUGCUGUUUUCAUACAGGCAGCUCAGCAGGAUGACGCCAGUAAGACGGCUGAUGCUGUUGUACUCGUCACCAUUGUGGAUGUGAUUGACAACCUGCCGAAAUUUGACCAGGGGGUCCAUUCUUCACACCUUGCUUAAUAAAUGCGAGAUGAUCUUACUGAUGUCAGAUCUUUUAAU